AAGAUGGCGUCGAGAUUGAACCUGCCUGCGGGCUACAUCGAAUGGAGACUUAUUAUCGCCGGGACCUGCCUCUUCGCGGCCGGAGCUUUUGCUGGAGGGCUGUUCAGCAAACCCAAAGAGAGCUACAUACAUCGAUCGCCACGAUCAACCCUGUUACCUAAGCUUUCGGAAGAGGAGAAGGGGCGUCUACCAUAUCCGCCGGACGUCUUACCUGGAGCCAGAGAUGUCGAUACCCCUUACGGGUCGAUACGAGUGUUCGAGUUUGGCCCUGAGGAUGGACGCAAGGUUCUUCUUGUGCAUGGCAUUAGCACGCCAGCUAUCGCCUUGGGCGCCGUCGCAAACUCCCUAGUGGACAAUGGCUGCCGCGUCAUGCUCUUCGACCUUUUUGGACGAGGAUACUCAGACACUGCGAGCGACCUCCGACAUGAUAUCAGGCUAUUCACCACUCAGAUCUUGCUGGUGCUGGCAUCGUCACCACUGUCAUGGACCGGCACAAAGUCCGGCAAAUUCUCCCUCAUUGGCUACUCCCUGGGUGGUGGGAUCGCCACUACCUUCACGUCUUACUUCCCGGGUCUGGUGGACAGUCUCAUCCUCUUCGCUCCCGCCGGACUCGUGAGACCCUACCACAUCAGCCGGCAAAGCCGCAUUAUAUAUUCGGAGGGCAUCAUCCCCGACCCUAUCAUACAACGUCUUGUGAAAGAACGCCUCCGAUCACCGAUGGCUGCACCGCCAAAGAACCCAGAGAAGACGAGGAAGGUCGAUGCCACCGAAGCCGUGCAAGCCGAGGUCAAUCUCGAAUCCAACUCUCGAGCUGUGCUAUCCAAGUCACGGCCACAUGUCACGGUCGAAAAAGCAGUGUCACAUCAGCUUGACCACUAUCCUGGUUUUGUCCCGGCGUUCAUCUCAAGCAUUAGGUAUGGUCCAAUCCGUGACGAGCAUGACCGGUGGAGAAUCGUGGGCGAACGGUUGAGGGAGCAAAACAAAGAGAACGGUACGCGAAAGAAGGUUUUCAUCGUCCUGGGAGCCACCGAUCCCAUCAUUAUCAAACAAGAACUUGAGGAAGAUGCUACCGAGUUGCUUUCUGAGAACGUCGAAUUUGCAGUGCUUGACGCAGCCCACGACGUGCCGAUUACCAAGGGCAAUGAAGUGGUUGAAGCCAUCCUCGAUUUCUGGAAGCGAACUGAUUGAGCGGCACGGGGAUAGACGUCGGGAAGACUCAACGCAUAGGGGAGAACUCUGCAUAAACGAAUAGAAUAGCAAAACGUAAUAUUUUUCCAUCGACAGAAGACUCAGCGAGAUACAUUAGAAUGCUUGAUAGAAUAUUGUUAGACAACAUCGAUAACUAGAACUGUUUGAUACUC